UUCUGUGGACAAGAGAAAUGGGCCAAGAGAUUGCUGAAAGAAUACCUUGAUUAGAAAUAUACAGUCACAUGGAGAUAUAACGACUUUAUUUACGCUUUGUAUAAUGAAUAGGUUGGAAAAGCAGAAUAGCCCAUCACCGGAGUGAAGAAGAGGAUGAGACAGUCAGGCCGGGCAGAAGGAACAGCUGAGGCCAGGCUGCAGGCAGGACGGAGCGUUGACAGUACCGUGUGUGAGUUGGGAAGAGGAGCGGAUAGGAGAGAGGUGUUACCUGCUAAGAUGGCUCUGUCGCACCUCUCCCACCUUUACCGGAGCAUGGGUAUGCAGAGGCAGGUGUUGCAGAGGUGGCAACCCCUAAUGUGUGGGGGUUCCAGGUGGUGUAGUGAAGCAGCCAAGGACGUGGUUCCCACACCACAACAGCAACGGAGAGACAGAGGACCAAGUAACUUCGGCAGACUGGGACUCACUGAUCAUAAAGUGAAUAGAUUUGAGAAAUUACUCCUGGUCUGGGGUGGCAAAUACAAGUCUGUUGCUGAUGUUCCAAAUUUAGUGAGCCAAGAUACGCUUGAACGAGCCCGUAACAAAGCAAGGAUCAAGAUCAACAUAAUGAUGUGCGUGGUGACCCUGUUGGGUUGCUUUGCGAUGAUCUACGCAGGGAAGAGGGCUCGGGAUGCUGGGGAAAGUGUUGUCAAGAUAAAUCUGGACUGGCACAAGAAAGUCAAUGAAGAUUAUAAAAAAGAACAAGGAAAUCAAUGAUUUGAAUACCUAUGAUUUCCGAUGGUUAUUAUUAGAGACUUCUGAAGUAAUGCAAUAUCCAAUUCAAUUUAUGAUUAAGGUAGUAAAUAAUAUUGUACAGGAAUUUUAGGUAUAUUUGGUAGAGAAGUUGCUAUAUCUUGAAUUUUUCUUACAUGGAAAAGGGUUUUUAGUGGAGGAAAACGGCAUUUUUCUGAAUCUAGUUAUUCUUCACAGCUUUAAAACAUAAUUUUUUUUAUAUAGAUUAUUCACAUAAUUUGACUUAAGUUGAUAUUUGGAAAGAUCUAUCUAUAUAGUUGGGUGGAAGCCCCUUUAAAAACAAGUAGGCAAGGGCAAUAUUGUUGUGGGAAUAAUAUGCAGGAGGGCUCUCCACUUCCCUCCCACUUAAUUGGUUUUUACAAUUUGCAAGGAAUUUUGUCACUCAUGGGAUUUCUAGACAAAUAUUUUUUGAUACUUGAGCAUAAAACCAUCAUUUGUCAGGAUUGGUAGAGCUCAAUCUAAUGUUCUUGAUUCCUAUGUAUGUAUAGCGCAGCAUUAUGGAAAGUAUUAAAGAUAUUUUUCCUAAA